AGUUACUGACGAGUGACGAAGAAGUUACUAAAGUUACUAAGAGUUACUAUCAAGUUACUAAAGAGUUACUAAGAGUUAUUGAAGAGUUACAAAGAGUUACUGAAGAGUUACUAAAAGUUACUAAAGAGUUACUGAAGAUUGCUGAAAAGUUACUAGAAGUUACUGAAGAAGUUACUGAAAAGUUACUGAAAGUUACUGAAGAGUUACUGAAGAGUGACUAA